AAAACAAACAAGCCUAGAGCCAAGACGAGCCCCUCUCUCUCUUUGUCUCUUAAAUAUAGAGGCUCCUCUUCUGAAUAUAUUGUAUAUAUAACCAAAAGAUAGCUAGAGAAACAGAGCCAACCUCACAUCUCGAAACUCUCAUCUCUCAAGCUCAGGGCUAGCACAGCCACUGUAAGCAUGAAAUCUUCAAGGUUCAUCAAGUCACUGUUAACACUGGCAAUUCUGGUUAUGAUUGCCCGCUGCGCGAUGGCUGUACAGAGCCAUGCUCAACGAAAGAAGACGUUCAUUGUCCACAUGGACAAAUCCACCAUACCACUGGGUUUCAGCGACCACAGCCAGUGGUAUGACUCGUCUUUAAAGUCAGUAUCUGGUUCAGCCAACAUUCUUUAUGCUUACAACGAAAUACUCCAUGGCUUCUCUGCGAGGCUAACAGCUGAAGAAGCCAAGUUACUCAAACGCCAACCCGGAGUUCUCUCUCUCGGGGAAGAAGUGAGAUAUGAGCUACAUACUACUCGCACACCACAGUUCCUAGGGCUCAACAAGCCUGUAGUCCUCUCCACCCAUUCUGGUGCAGCAAGCGACGUAAUUGUCGGGCUGUUGGACACUGGUAUUUGGCCUGAGAUAAAAAGCUUUGAUGACACCGGGCUUGGUCCAGUGCCUAGUAGCUGGAAGGGUGAGUGUGAGGUCGGUAAAAACUUCAACUUAUCAAGCUGCAACCGGAAACUAAUCGGGGCGAGGUUCUUUUCAAGUGGGUAUGAAGCGUCCUACGGGCCUAUAGAUGAGAAACUGGAAUCCAAAUCAGCAAGGGAUGAUGAUGGGCACGGAACACACACAUCAACGACGGCAGCGGGAUCAGCAGUAGCUGAUGCCAGCCUCUUCAGCUAUGCUGCCGGGACGGCAAGGGGUAUGGCCACCCAUGCCAGGGUGGCUGCAUACAAGGUCUGCUGGCUUGGUGGCUGUUUUGGCAGUGACAUACUAGCUGCAAUGGACAAGGCCGUUCAAGAUGGCGUCCAUAUACUCUCUUUGUCAAUUGGUGGCUCAAUUUCUGAUUAUGACAAAGACAACAUAGCGUUAGGAGCAUUUGGGGCAAUGUCCAAGGGAGUCUUUGUAUCAUGUUCUGCUGGAAACGGCGGCCCUUCUCCCAUGACCUUGUCCAACGUCGCACCAUGGAUAACCACUGUAGGUGCUGGAACUCUAGACCGCGAUUUCCCCGCGUACGUUAGUCUUGGCAAUGGAAAUAAUUUCUCGGGAGCAUCACUUUACAGUGGGAAGCCACUAUCUGAUUCCCUGGUGCCGCUAGUGUAUGCUGCCAAUGCAAGCAACUCCUCAAGCGGCAAUCUAUGCAUGGAUGGCAGUUUAAUCCCAGCAAAAGUUGCAGGGAAAAUUGUGAUCUGUGAUAGAGGGGGGAAUGCUAGGGCCCAAAAGGGACUCGUGGUCAAGAAAGCUGGUGGUGUAGGGAUGAUCUUAACGAACACUGACUCCUAUGGUGAAGAACUGGUGGCUGACGCACAUCUCAUACCCACAGUAGCGGUCGGCAUGACAACAGGUGUUGCAAUAAAGAAAUAUACAACUUCAGAUCCCAAUCCAACAUCCAAAAUUGCGUUUGGAGGGACCCAUUUGGGUGUCCAGCCAUCACCGGUGGUGGCUGCAUUCAGUUCUAGAGGUCCAAACCCAAUAACACCAGAGAUACUCAAACCAGAUGUGCUAGCACCGGGUGUAAAUAUCCUAGCUGGUUGGACCAGUGCAGUUGGACCUACGGGGUUGCCAGACGAUACCCGAAGGGUGAACUUUAACAUUAUUUCCGGUACGUCAAUGUCCUGCCCACAUGUAACUGGGCUAGCAGCGCUACUCAAGGCAGCCCAUCCAGAUUGGAGUCCGGCAGCUAUAAAGUCCGCAUUGAUGACCACAGCCUACACCGCCUACAAGAAUGGCAAGACCAUACAAGAUAUUUCAACUGGGAAACCAUCAACACCAUUUGAUUAUGGUGCUGGACACGUUAACCCGGUCUCAGCCCUUGACCCAGGCCUUAUCUAUGAUGCUUCCGUUGAUGAUUACAUAGGUUUCCUUUGUGCCUUAAACUAUACUUCAAGUCAGAUCAAGGUUAUCACAAAGCAAGAUUAUAGCUGUGAUACGGGGAAGCACAGCUUGGGAGAUUUUAACUACCCCUCCUUUGCUGUUCCUCUGAACACAGCCUAUGGCAAAGGUGGUGGCAGUAGUGCUGCAGCAACUGUUCACAAGUAUACAAGAACCUUGAGUAACGUUGGCACUCCAGCAACAUACAAGGUCUCAGUGUCUUCGGAGACACAGGCAGUGAAGAUAACAGUUGAGCCAGAAUCACUGACUUUCAGCAAAGCUAAUGAGAAAAAGACUUACACAGUAACAUUCACUGCUAGUUCAAUGCCAUCAGGAACGACUAGCUUUGCUCGUCUGGUGUGGUCAGACGGAAAAUACAUUGUUGGAAGUCCAAUAGCUUUCAGCUGGACAUGAUCAUAAUAAUAUUCAAGUGGCACGCUUAUAAACCUUACCCACAAACUGUAAAUAGUUCCCCUGUUUAAGAAUAACUAGAUUAUGUAUAACAAGCCUGUGUUUUACUUUUUAAUCAAUAAAAAUAGUUUGUGUUUUGCAAUAA